AUGGCUGGGGACAUGGGCAGGCCUCACGUGGCCUACGCCGUGGACGACGACAAGUGGGGCGACGUCGUCUUGAACACCUACUACCCGCACGACGCCAACGCGUGCGACGCGGUCCAGGCUGGGCAGACAGGGCCCGUUUACGGCCGCUGCUUCUGGGAGGGCUCGCGCUGGAAUUGCCCGGGUGCGUGCGUCUCGGGCGACGGUGCCGUGACCAUCGAUGGCAGCGCCGUCGGCGCCAGCUCCAACAGCUGUCGCAGCUGCCACUUCGACGGGGAGAACAAGGUCACCGGCGACUGGUGGGUGACGUCGUGGACAAAUCCGACGUCUGCAACUGCCCUGCGCCAGGCGUGA